AAGAGUUGACUCUCGAGUCCACCAUUAGGCAUUAGCCCAAGCUCCUAAAGUGAAGGAUCAAGGGGCUGCUGCGUCUGCCUGGCCGUGCAAAUGGACGAGCCGCCAUCGAACAGCAGGCCUCAACAGCUUCUCAGGCGAUGGCGCCAGACCGCCUUUGUUGUGAAUGCUGGCCGGCGCUUCAGAUAUCCUUGGUCCGGAGUGCCCAAUGUCGACCAUCGCCUGGUUCAUUCUGAUCAAACGGGUGCUGAUCAGGAGAGAGAUCUCGAAGAAAACUGUCCGGCCAAGCCUUCCCCAAAAGAUCUUGCUCGUUUGCUGUCCAGAAGCGUUCUUGUCAACCAGAUCAAGCACCUACCCCAACUACUUCGUGCGGUGGGAUCUUCCUCUUCAGAUAUAUAAGACUCAGCUUAUUUUACCUAAUAAUCUUCCUUUAUUAUUACUUUGUUCUCCGCUUUGCUUAUGUUUAAUUUGUUGUCUGAUCCGGAGUAAGCACAUACAGGUCGUUCAGGGGACCCCACAAGAUAAGCAGCAGCAGAAACGUUGCUCCAAGUACUCGCAGAAAGCUCUCCUGUUCGCGAUCACCACGUUCGUGGCGUACCUUGGUUCUUCAUCAUCAGCGUCGUCUUCCACCGGAAACACGGCCUUCAGGAUCGCCAUGGCGGCCUUCUUCAUCGCGAUCUCCAUUGACCUCAUCUCCGCAACGAGGACGCCAAAGUGGGGCUGCGCCUGCUUGGUCUACCUCUCGUGGUUCCUUCUGGUGCUGCUGUCAUACCUCCUGCUCGUCUCGUUCCACAGGGACUACUGCUACGCCAUCAUCCUCGUGCCUCUCCUGGUCCUCGCGGCAGCUCUCCUUCAAUGCAAACUACGCCCCAGUGUAACGCAGCAAAACACCACCAGCGACUCCGGUGAUCAAGAUCUUGACACGGAUGACGACGCCGAUCAAGAUCUCGAGAACAUCUUUGAUUGGUCGGCAGGUAUCGUCAACUGUGGCGGCCUCAUCAGCAUGAUCUUGGGGCACUACAUGUACAUGGUAGGGCCGAACCACCUCAAGGAAGCAAGCGUCAUCGGGUUCUUGUUCUUCUUCACAGUUGUGCUGGGGCUUUACCUGAUGAUGGUAACGACUGUAAAAAAUGUGGCGCUAACUCCCUAUGUAGGGCACCUCACCUGCUUGCUGAACAUUUUGCUUGUCUGCACGCUUAUCGCAACCUUGAUCCAUGGAGUAUGGCUUUCAAGGAAUGAUUCACAUGUUUAAAGUAAUAGUUUUUCAAUCGAUUAUCAUAAUUAUUACUCCACCCUUCCAAAUUAUUGGUCGUUUUAUUUUUCUAUAUAUUUAUCUAGACAUAGCGUAUAUCUAGAUGUACAAUAAAUAUUAUUUACCUAGAAAAAUUGAAACGAGGAGUACUACGUG